AUGCUCUCAAUCCCCCUAUUUUCCUUUGCACUUGAUACUGGGGCUUUGUUUCUAACGUGAGCGAUAUGAUUCCCCAAUCUCCCCUUAUCUUUAUCUCUUUUCUUUUGAGAUGGAAAGGAACUAACAUCCCUCUUUUUCAGAUUCAUCGCUGGAGCUACUGUUCCCAUACUGACUGUCAAUACCGAGAAAUUGAAGCUCAAUCACUGGCACAACACACAAACCAACUUUCCACUUCACGAUGUCUACAAACUCUACCAUUUAUCGUAUGGAGCAUACAACUACAUCGACGACGCUCGCGCCAAAUUACACACACCUCAUGAUAAUCCAGAAUUUCAUGGUACGCUCUGCUCGCUGCCAAAGUGUUGUGGAUCAACUGACACUUUUGACAGAAGGGAAAAGGCUAGACGGGGAACUCACACCCGUCAGCAUUUUCAGUAAGUUUUUCUUCUUCCGUUCACAAGGGUCAAAUCUAAAUUCGAUAACAGCCAAGUUCGACAUGAGCAGAAUUAUCUCCGACAACUCCGCCAAGGCCAAUUUCCAGAACUCUGCAGCUGAUGGAUUCAAAAUUCCCAUUGACAUCCAGAACCACUUUACAAGAAACCAUCAUUUUGCUAAGAAUGCUGGACUGCUAUUGAUGCUCGUCUGGUUUCUUUGUGUUGUUUCAAAUUGGGUUGCAUAUUCCAUGUGGCGCAAGAACAAUCCACCCCCAAAAUGGCAUUGGCGUCGGAUGAUUUGUUUUUCAAUUGUAAGAACCUUGGAGUUACGACUCUCUUCCUUAACAUACCCAAACCAUAUGUUUUCCUUCCAAAACCAAGAGUAAUUUCAUUUGGACGACCUUGUUCUUUCGAUCGGUAGACGACGAAUUGCCAUAUCACCCCACUCUCGUUUUGUAAGAUUUAUACUAACUGAAUUUGUAGGGAAGUUUCGCCUGCAGUCUCAGCAUCGCAGCCAUAUUAUCAACUCUAGUGGAUCAAGGAGAGGCAGUUUUCAACAAGCAUCAGAGCACCGGUAUCUACGCAAAGGGAGACGGUCUUUCCUUGGCCUUGUUUUGGAUGUCUUUUCUCCUCACAGUCAUGUCCAUGACUUUGUGGUUUUUGUCAUGGAAGGCGUACCACGAUGCCAAAGAAGAGAUACGAGACAGUGUUCAACCACAACCACAUGAUAACGUCAAUCAUGUGGACGACGACAGAAUGAGAAAUAAUGGUCGUAUACCCUUUCUACAUGUCAAUGGUGGGGGUAUAGAAUUGCAUGAAAUGCCACCAAUUCCCGAAGAAAGCGAAUCGAUCAAUUCAGCAUCGAAUGAGGCCGUAUCACCACCAUCUGUGACUGUGCUCUCAACCUCGAGCGAGAGUUCCAAGGAUAGCCAGACUAAAGGGGAUAAAGCGAACGUGCCGCAACCGUCCGUGACUGUACGUCCAACCUCGAGCAAGAGUUCCAAGGACGGCAGCACUGUAGCAAGUGACAAGUCAAAGGAUGAUUCCGAACCCGGAGGUGUCCUCAUAUAG